CGUCACGUGGGUUCCGCGGCGCGCGCCCUGCGCAGCCGCGUCCCGGCCGGUCGGGCGUAGUGAUGCGGUCGGUGAGCUACGUGCAGCGCGUGGCGCUGGACUUCGGCGGCAGCCUCUUCCCGCACGCCGUCUGCUUGGGGGACGCCGACAACGACGCGCUGAAUGAGCUAGUGGUGGGAGACACCAAUGGAAAGCUCUAUGUUUACAAGAAUGAUGACAGCAAACCCUGGGCUGUGCGAUCUUGCCAAGGAAUGCUCACAUGCGUUGGUGUGGGAGAUGUAUGCAAUAAAGGAAAGAAUCUCGUGGUGGCGGUGAGUGCAGAAGGCUGGUUUCAUCUCUUUGACCUGAGUCCUCCAGCUUCAAAACACCCAGAUACUUCAGGCCACCAUGAACUGGCAGCAGCAGAAGAGCAGAAGCCAGUGUUCAAGCAACACAUUCCUGCCAACACCAAGGUCAUGCUGAUCAGUGACAUUGAUGGAGACGGGAAGUGUGAGUUGGUGGUCGGUUACACUGACAGGGUGGUACGUGCAUUCCGCUGGGAGGACUUGUCGGAGAGUUCAGACCAUGUCUCUGGGCAGCUACUCCUGUUGAAGAAAUGGCUGCUAGAAGGUCAGGUGGAUAGCCUCUCUGUGAACCCAGGCCCCGAUGGCUCCCCGCAGAUGAUGGUAUCUCAGCCAGGCUGCGGUUAUGCCAUCCUGCUGUGCACCUGGGACUCUGAGCAACAGGCCGCGACAGAGGGAAGAGACAGCUCUGCCACAAGCAGUGAGGCCCCUAUUAGAGAUGUUAUUCUACACCAAACAUCUGGACGGAUUCACAACCAGAAUGUUUCCACUCAUCUAAUUGGUAGCAUUCGCCGAGGCUGCUCCAGUGAGAACAGUGGCUCAGGUCUUUUUGCCCUCUGUACGCUGGAUGGGACACUGAAACUCAUGGAGGGAGCAGACGAGCUGCUCUGGUCUGUGCAGGUUGAUCACCAGCUGUUUGCUCUGGAAAAGCUGGAUAUUACUGGCAACGGACACGAGGAGGUGAUUGCCUGUGCGUGGGAUGGUCAGACAUACAUCAUCGACCACAAUCGGACUGUUGCCAGAUUUCAAGCAGAUGAGAAUGUCAGUGCGUUCUGUGCAGGCCUCUAUGCAUGCAAAGGAGGAAGCAACAGUCCCUGUCUGGUUUAUGUCAGCUUCAAUCAGAAGAUCUACAUCUACUGGGAUGUGCAGCUGGAGAGAAUGGAGUCCACCAACCUGUUGAAAAUCUUGGAUCGUGACCCAGAGUUUGGAAAUCUCCUGCAGCAGUUGGGUGUGGAAAGAGAUGACGUUUCUGCUGUCAAAGAUCUGAUUCACAAAACACUGUAUUUUCCUGAGAAAUGGCAGCAAAGCAGCCUCUCGCAGUGUCAAGACCGUGCUGGAACAGACUCCUCUGCCCACCACUCUGUCAUCCAGGAUCCCUUAUAACAAGUCACGUGGAGGCAGAUAUCUUUAAUAUUGGCACAGACUCUUCUCUGACUGAAUCGGGCAUCUAGUGAAGAUGAAACUGUUCUUUUCCCAUCUCUGUCAAAGUUUCCAGACAGCAAAAGGUGUACAGGCUCGGUGCUGCGAAGGAAUGUGCUUGGCUGUAGGCUUGAGUGAAGGUGGUGGAUAUUUGCUUUUAGCUGAGGAAGCUACCAGAACAGCAAGAGGCCAGGGUGGUGCUCCUUGGCCUUCCACUGUCAGUUUCCGUGUUUUCUGGUAAGCUAAAGUGCUUUAUGUGUGACUGUGGAAAAGUACUGAGGCCAUAGACAGAACACCUGACCUCCGUCUCUAUUUUGGCCUAUUCUUACAGCUGUUGUGGUGAUUAUUUCUGAGUUCUUAGGAGGAUCACAGUGCAGGAACUGCAGAUGGAGGAGCAGGCAAGGGCCUUUCCUUCUGUUUAGGUGUGUUUUUAAAGUAGACCCAGGAACUGUUUGACUUUGCUCUGCUGCUGCUUUUCCACCAAGCAGUUUUUCAUGAACCACCUCCUGUUCUGAGGAGCUGGAGAUGUGUGUGAGAUGAACCACAACUUGCACUAAUAAGUUUUCAAGAGGUAACAGCUCCAGUGAACCCCAGCUGUCCUUGAGAGGAGUUACUUGUCUCCAUCUUCUUGGACAGGGUGAUCCCAGAGGUUGCUGUGACAUAGCAAAGCAGCUCUGAACUGGCAAUAAGAAAAUCCUGUCUUAAUGGUGGAUCUGUGAUUGUGUAAGAGCAUGGCCAUUCCACAGUAAGCAGUGGAAAUACUAUGCUUCCCUCUUAUCAGGGAGGGAAUGAUAUUUUGAGUCUUGAGUAACAGAAAGAAGUGUGCUGGAGGCGAUGUUCUGCUUGCUAGUAUAUGGGGAGUCUGGAAAAGGCCAUUGCUCAUAUACAAGGCCCAAGCAGGAACCUUUCCACAUGCUGCCGUUUUUUGUCUGUUUCAUCUUGCCCCUUGCCUAAUUCAGCUUACUAGAAUAGGAGCAGUGGGCUCACCUUCUGUUUUCCAUCUUAUUCUCUGUCAUUUGUGUGAUGUUUUAUUGGACAUAAUGAAUGGAGCUGUCCCUUCACCAUUACAGCAGCCUGGAAUCAGAGCAAAUAUAAUUCAGUGAUCUCUCUUUAUCAAGUGGUAACGCUUAAAGAUCCUGUUGGCUGUUGAAAACCUGCUGUUCUGUACUCUGCGAAAUGUCCAUGGGCAGCUUAAACUGGGAGAAAGAACUUUCUACAGAGGAAAGGAGUGUCUUGCCCUUGGGUUCAAAGCAGUGCUGUUGAAGUACUUGGGGAGAAGCAGGUGUCCCUGCAGCUGGGAUAAACAGUUUGGUUUCACUGUAUUUGGAGAUGUUUUCAACCUAGCCUUGUUGGUACUUGAUUUUAAUCUUCAGAAUUAGUGGGACCGACGUAAAGAGGAACCACAGCAGAGCAGGACUCUGCAGAGCAGUUCCUAGAAGCAUACAACAGAAACAAUGCUGUGGCAAUGUCCCUUAACAGACCUGCCUCUUUACACCUGUUCUUCUUCCAUCCAGAGCACAGACUGCUGUUUUCCUUCUACUUACGGUCACGUAUUUUCUUGUCCUGCUUCUCUCCCCACAAAUUCUGUGACUUCUGUCUCCCCAGCUGGGGACAGAAACAGGAUGGUUACAAGCAUCAGAAAAUAAUAACACCUGAGUUUUCAGUCAUGGCUUGCACAACCUGGCAUGUGUGCUGCUGCACAGGCGAUGGGCUGUUCUGCUGCGUGUGCUUUGACAGAAACGGAUGGAGCCCUACCACAGCUUGUGCCAGCAAUGGCCCCACCCAGCACUCUUUGGCUUUGCUGGGGCAGGUAUUCUCCACAGAAGUACUCUCUUGACCUGCUGCUGGAACCCCAGGGGUUCCUGCAGCAGUUGCCUGAAGCAUUUUGUUUGCUUGAGACUUAGGCCUGAGCUAGUCCACUUACUGGGUCUUUGUCACAGAACUCAGAAAAAUCACUGACUAUUGAGGAUGAAACAACAAGCGAUAAUGGUUUAUUUCAAAUCAGGGUUUCUUUACAGUUCCAACGUAGGUACGUUGCAAGAGUUGACUACAACUCAUCUGCAAGCUAGUAAGAAUCACUGAGUGAGGACAACACUACUGCAAAGAUAACCAGAAUAUCUUCGCGUUUUAGCAGGCGUAAGAGGAUCCUAUAGCACAUUCACUCACUUGGUGGAGUAAGGACACUCAACCUCAAUGGGAAGACCGUGCUAGGCAUCCCUGCCACUGGGAGGACCUCUAGUUGCAGACCUGCUGCUCCACAAGGAAUCAAAAUGGCCUCUGGCGAGGCUCCAGUUAUACCUAAUAUUAGGGCUCGUGGUUGUGGUGGCACACACUGGCUGGAGUGGUCUCCAGGACUUCUGCCCAGUGCUGACUGUAACACACAAAGAUCCCUGCACCAUGCCUCAGGCCUACUACUCCCUGCCAGGGCUUACAGGCUAGUGCGGUGCUGCUGUAUUGUAAUUCCUUCUUGAGGCCUAAUGGGCAAACAGGAAUGUCUGUGCUCAUAACAGGUAACAACUCAGUGCUGUCUGUUUGUGCCAAAUAUAAACCUUUAUUAGCAACACAAGCAGGCAUACAAAUGGUUGGAUGACUGAAACUGUUUUAUGCAAAACAAACCUUGCUGUACAAAUCAAAUAAGUUUCAAGGAAGAAAGGUCAAAUUGAUCCACCACUGGGCUGUUAAUUGUUGAGAAGAAACACGAAAGGGUUAGUGGGGGAGAGGUGACAAUUUCCUAAGGACCAUCUUUAAAAGAAAAUGGGUAAAAAAAAGACAAAUGUAGGACAGGAAAGGACAGCCUGUGCAACCCAGCCCUCUCUUGUUCUUGUCCUGAGGAUUACAUUAGCAUAACCCUAACCCUUAAUCCCUAACUCCUAAACCCUUGCCCCUAACCCUAACCCUGACCUCUAAUCCCAACCGUGUAUGCUGUGCAGGGCCAGGCAUGCUGCAUUGUGAGAAGCAGAGGUGACAACAUAUGAACUUUCCCCAAAACUCUUCAGCUCUUAGAACCAUUUGAAAGGAAAUAUCCUAAUGUUUGAGGGUUUCCCUGGCAGUUUUAUAUUGCUUACAGCACAUACUGACUUGUAGAUGCAUUUUAGUCCUGUGUCCCUUGUGCACAAAGAAAGAUAAAAACUAGGUCCAGAAGAAUUAAUUGGAAUUGUAUGGCAAGGUUUUGGUAGCUUGUUGAGGAGGUUUUGGUGAGAAGCUGCUAGAAGCUUCCCCCCAUGUCCGAUAGAGCCAGUGCCAGCCAGCUCCAAAAUGGAGAGUAGUGAGACAUUGGAACAGGUUGCCAAGGGAAGUUGUGGAUGCCCCAUCCCUGGAGGUGUUCAAGGCCAGGUUGGAUGGGGCCUUGGGCAGUCUGAUCUAGUGGGACAUGUCCCUGCCCAUGGCAGGGGGGUUGGCACUAGAUGAUCUUUAAGAUCCCUUCCAACCCUAACUAUUCUAUGAUUCUAUGAUUCUAAGAUGGACCUGCAGCCAGCCAAGACUGAGCCAAUCAGUGAUGGUGGUAGUGCCUCCGGGAUAAUAUAAUAAUGAAGGGGCGGGGGGAAAGCAGUGCGACAGCGAUUGCAACUGGAGAAAGGAGUGAGAAAACGUGAGAGAAACAGCUCUGCAAACACCAAGGGCAGUGAAGAAGGAAGGGGAGAAGGUAGUCCAGGUGCCAGAGCAGAGAUUCCCUUGCAGCUCAUGGAGGUCAGUGGUGGAGCAGCUAUCCACCUGCAGCCUGUGGAGGACCCCACACCAGAGCUGGCAGAUGCCCAAAGGAGACUGAGACCCCCAUGGGUAUCCUGCACUGAAAUAGACUUCUGGCAGGACCUGUGGCCCCAUGGAGAGCAGUUUGCUGGUAGGAUUUGUAACGCUGUAGGAGGACCCAUGCUGGAACAGUGUUCCUGAAGGACUGCACUGCAUGGAAAGGACCAGUGUUGGAGUAUUUUGUGAAGAACUGCAGCCCAUCAAAGAAAUUCAUGGAGGACUCUCUCCCAUGGGACGGAUCCCAUGCUGGAACAGGGGAAGAGCGUGAGGAAUCCUCCUGAGGAGAAGUGGCAGAAAUAACAUGUAAAAAACUGACUACAACACCCAGUCUUCAACUCCUGAGCAGCGUGGGAGGAGGAGGUAGAGAAAUCAGGAGUUGAAGUUGAGCCUGGAAAGAAAGAAGAGGGGGAGAGAAGGCGGUUUAAGAUAUAUUUUUUAUUUUCUCAUUACUCUACUCUGAUUUGGUUGGCAAUAAAUUAAAUUAUACUUUCCCCAAAUUGAGUCCGUUUUGCCCAUGACAGUAACUGGUGAGUGAUCUCUGUCCUUACCACAACUCAUAAGCUUUUCGUUGUAUGUUUUUCUCUCUUAUCCAUCUGAGGAGGGGAGUGGCUUUGGUGGACACCUGGUGUCCAGCCAGGGUCAACCCACCACAUGGAGCUUCUUUAUUUUUCCUUGGUGAAAAGAUGACUUGAUUCUUUCAUGCCCCAAACUCCAAAGUGACAAUUAAUUAAUUGGAUACAGUCAAUGUUUCCUAAAGUCGGUGCUUUAGGCUACUUCCACUGGCGAGUUUUCUGUGAAGUAUAAAUCUACUGGAAGAAGCAGCCACUUAGACUCUGUCUCUCUACUGAUGGAUUUACACUAUAGUUUUAUAGUAACUCAUUGCCUAUUUGUCCUUGCCAGCCAAUACAAGCCACAGAUUUGGAACUAGGUGUUCUUCCCAUGCACCAGAAAAUGUUUUGGUGCAUCCUUCUCAGUAGUAGGUUGGCAUUUCCACUGGUGCCUGGAAACUUUGCCACAGGGCAGGAUUUGCAAGAUGUAUUUGUAUGUCCCAGUGCCAGCACACAGCAAGUGAGGAGUCCAACAGCAUUCCUAGACACGAGGGCGUUUGCAGAUUCAUGGCUUUGGUUGUGACGCUCAACUUACUGGCAAGAAAAUAAAGGGAAGGGAUUGCUUUAUUUUCUUGAGACAUAAUAAACCUACUGGCCAUUCCUGCUCUCAUUUUUAUGAUUU